AUGGCUUCAGCGGUCUUGUCGGAGAACACACCGUCGAGCCGCGAGUCGACUCGACCAACGGCCGACUCGUUGUCCCGGCGUCAGCAGCUCGACGUUGCCGUGAUCGGCGCAGGCGCCGCGGGACUGGCCGCUGCGCGCGAGCUGAUGCGAGAGGGGCACGCCGUGACUGUGAUUGAAGCGGGGGGUGCAGCAGGAGGGAUUGGGAAUGGGGAGAGGGUGGAAGGGAGGGAGGAAGGGAGAAAGGAGGAGAGGGAGGUAAGGGCGGAGGAAGGGGAGGAGGAGAGGGAGUUUGAUGUAUUGGUGGUGUGUAACGGUCACUAUUCACAGCCCAAGAUUGCAAGCAUAGCGGGUGUGGACACGUGGCCAGGCAUUCAGAUGCACAGCCACAACUACCGCCACCCAGAGGGGUUUGCAGGCAAGGUGAGGCGCCACCCAGAGGGGUUUGCAGGCAAGGUGAGGCGCCACCCAGAGGGGUUUGCAGGCAAGGUGAGGCGCCACCCAGAGGGGUUUGCAGGCAAGGUGAGGCGCCAACCAGAGGGGUUUGCACGCAAGGUGAGGCGCCACCCAGAGGGGUUUGCAGGCAAGGUGAGGCGCCACCCAGAGGGGUUUGCAGGCAAGGUGAGGCGCCACCCAGAGGGGUUUGCAGGCAAGGUGAGGCGCCACCCAGAGGGGUUUGCAGGCAAGGUGAGGCGCCAACCAGAGGGGUUUGCACGCAAGGUGAGGCGCCACCCAGAGGGGUUUGCAGGCAAGGUGAGGCGCCACCCAGAGGGGUUUGCAGGCAAGGUGAGGCGCCACCCAGAGGGGUUUGCAGGCAAGGUGAGGCGCCACCCAGAGGGGUUUGCAGGCAAGGUGAGGCGCCAACCAGAGGGGUUUGCACGCAAGGUGAGGCGCCACCCAGAGGGGUUUGCACGCAAGGUGGUGGUGAUGGUGGGCGCGGAGGUGAGUGGGCUGGACAUAGCAAGGGAGCUGGCCGCAGUGGCACGAGAGGUGCACAUCUGCGCGCGGGAAGGUGGGGGCCGGAAGAUGUUGGUGGAACACUGGCGCUUGCACAUCUCAAACUUCUCUUCUCCCCAUCCCACCCCAUGGCAGGUGGUGGUGGUGGUGGGCGCAGAGGCGAGUGGGCAGGACAUAGCGAGGGAGGUGGCGGCAGUGGCACGAGAGGUGCACAUCUGCGCGCGGGAAGGUGGGGGCCGGAAGAUGUUGGUGGAACACUGGCGCUUGCACAUCUCAAACUUCUCUUCUCCCCAUCCCACCCCAUGGCAGGUGGUGGUGGUGGUGGGCGCAGAGGCGAGUGGGCAGGACAUAGCGAGGGAGGUGGCGGCAGUGGCACGAGAGGUGCACAUCUGCGCGCGAGGCUGGCGCUCUUCUCCUGCCGCUGCAGCUGCUGUUGCUGGUGCUGGUGCUGGUGCAGCCACCGGGGCAAUAGAGACGGGGUAUUUCGAGGAUCUGAAAGGCAGAGUGCAGCAGCACCCCAUGAUCAAGCAAGCCAACGCAGAUGGGACGGUGGAGUUUGAAGAUGGGUUCACAUGCCAUGCUGACGUCAUCAUGCACUGCACCGGCUACAGCUUCUCCUUCCCUUUCCUCGCCCUCCCCCCCUCCCUCCUCUCCGUCGAUACCGGUCGUGUGACUCCCUUGUUCCGCCACGUCCUGCCUCCUGCACUCGCUCCCUCGCUCUCCUUCAUCGGCCUCCCCUGGAAGGUCGUCCCCUUUCCUCUAUGUCAGCUGCAGGCGCGGUGGGUGGCGCAGCUGCUAUCCGGCCAGCUGCCCGUGCCGCCCAGAUCCGAUAUGGAGGACGGCGUGCGUCGUCUGUAUGCGCGCAUGGAGGAGCAGGGCGUGCCUGAGAGAUACGCCCACAGGCUGGAUAUGGAACAGGUGCAACCUGGGGGAGGUAGACUUGGGUGUUGUGCGACUUGGGGAGGUAAGGAUGAGUGGAGGUAUCGUGUGAGGGAGGACUGUGUGUGA